ACGACGUCGAGGACGCCCUCGACCCCCUUUCCUUCCCUCCUCCUACACUCGUUGCUGCUGUCAUCAUGUCGGGCAAACGGGACCUGUCCGGCUACAACUAUGCUGCCAUCUCUUCUCUGGUCCUGACCGCCGACCGCUCUGCCUUGCCUCGACGCGACAAGGAGCCGGAUGGCGCGCCCACGUCUCUCGUCGGGCGCAUCGACCCGCGCGAAAUGGGCUCGCGCGUGCAGCGCGAGGCCCCGAAAGACCUCGACAAGAAGAAGAAGAAGGCCGCGGAGCGGCAGGAGGGCGCGGACAAACCUGCGAAGCGGAGAACGGCGGACGUGACGGGCUUUGGCUACACGGACAUCAUUGAGGCGACGGAGGACGUCGAGGGCCUCACGUACCGGCCACGAACCGCGGAGACGCGCGAGGUCUACGAGCUCGUGCUCGCGAGUGUUCACCAGGCCCUUGGUGACCAGGCGCAAGAUGUUGUUCGCAGCGCGGCCGACAUGGCGCUCGAGGCGUUGAAGAACGAGAACCUGAAGGACUUCGACAAGAAGAAGGAGGUCGAGGAAAUUCUGGGGCCUGUCUCGAACGAGACAUUCUCGCAACUCAUUAACCUGUCGAAGAAGAUCACCGACUACGGCGUCGAGGAUGAGAAGGCUGCCGACCCGGACCAGGAGAAGAAGGAGACGGAACUCGACGACGAGAUGGGUGUCGCAGUCGUCUUCGACGAAGAGGAAGAGGAGGAAGAGGAAGAUGAGGGCUUCGAGAUUCGCGAGGAGUCUGACGAAGAAGAGGAGGCGACGGAGGGUGCGGAACCACCACCCGAGUCUCUCGAGGGCGACGAUGAGCUGGUUAUCGGUGGGUCCUCGGCAGUAGGUCAAGGGAAAGCGCAAGUCGACAAGGACGUCGUCUCGCCACAUUCUAUCGACGCUUUCUGGGUCCAACGCCAAAUCUCAGAGGUGUACCCUGAUCCUGUUACUGCCGCCGACAAAGCCUCCUCCGUCCUCUCGAUUCUCGGUUCUGAGUCUAGCGUCCGCGACUGCGAAAACCAGCUCAUGGAGCUGUUUGACUACCAGCACUUCCCCAUCAUCCGCAAGUUCGUCAAGAACCGCGACGUUGUCGUCUGGUGCACGAAGCUCAUGCGUAGUGACGCGGACGAGCGCGUCAACGUGGAAGUCGCGAUGCGGGAGAAGGGUGUUGGUUGGAUCUUGCGAGAGCUAGCGGGCGACCGGAAGACAAAGACGAAGACAGAGUCGAUGGACGUCGACGCGCCACCAAACAUCGAGGCCGUGCCGAAGACUGGUACCCUUGCGCCUGGCUCAAUAGUGCAGCCGAAAGCCAUGGUAGACCUAGAGGGCAUGGCGUUCAGCCAGGGCGGGCACUUGAUGUCAAACAAGAAGUGUAAGCUCCCUGAAGGCUCGUUCAAGCGCGCGAAGAAGGGCUACGAGGAGAUUCAUGUUCCUGCUCCGAAGUCGAAACCCACGCACGACUCUGAGCUUGUUCUCAUUGAGUCUCUACCUGAAUGGGCGCGCGAGGGUUUCAAGGGCUACCGGAACCUCAACCGCAUUCAGAGCAAGCUCUACCCGGUUGCGUUCGGCACUGAUGAGCCUAUUCUGCUGUGUGCACCGACUGGUGCCGGUAAGACCAACGUCGCCAUGCUCACCAUCUUGAAUGAGCUGUCGAAGUACCGCGACGAAGAGACCGGCACCUUCGACCUCGACUCUUUCAAGAUCGUCUACAUUGCUCCCAUGAAGGCUUUGGUCCAGGAGAUGGUCGGCAACUUCAGCUCGCGACUGGCGGUUUACGGUAUCAAGGUCGGCGAGCUCACCGGUGACUCUCAAAUGACGAAGCAGCAAAUCUCGGAGACGCAGAUCAUCGUCACGACUCCGGAGAAGUGGGAUGUCAUCACGCGCAAGAGCACGGACACGAGCUAUACGAACCUCGUACGUCUCAUCAUCAUCGACGAGAUUCACUUGUUGCAUGAUGAACGCGGCCCAGUCCUCGAGUCGGUCAUCGCUCGAACAAUCCGCCGCAUGGAGCAGACGAACGAGUACGUGCGGCUCGUCGGCCUGUCCGCGACGCUGCCUAACUACCAGGACGUCGCUACCUUCCUUCGCGUUGACACGACGAAGGGCCUGUUUUACUUCGACGCGUCGUACCGUCCGUGCGCCCUCCAGCAGCAAUUUAUCGGUGUCACCGAGAAGAAGGCGAUCAAGCGGUACCAGGUGAUGAACGAGGUUUGCUACGAGAAGGUUCUGGACCAGGCUGGGAAGAACCAGACACUCGUGUUCGUCCACUCCCGGAAGGAGACGGCGAAGACGGCGAAGUUCAUCCGCGACAUGGCGAUCGAGAAGGAGACGAUCACGCAGUUCGUCAAGCCAGAGGGCGCCACGCGUGAGAUCCUGCUCGAGGAGUCGAACAACGUCAAGGACCCGAACUUGAAGGACCUUCUUCAGUUCGGUUUCGGUAUCCAUCACGCCGGUAUGUCGAGGGAGGACCGUGGGCUCGUCGAGGAGCUCUUCGGCGAUGGUCACAUUCAAGUUCUCGUCUGUACCGCGACGCUCGCGUGGGGUGUUAACCUUCCUGCCCACACCGUCAUCAUCAAGGGGACCCAGAUCUACAACCCGGAGAAGGGUCGCUGGGUGGAAUUGUCGUCGCAGGACGUCCUGCAGAUGCUUGGUCGUGCUGGUCGCCCUCAGUACGACACGUACGGAGAGGGUGUGAUCAUCACCAACCACUCCGAGCUCCAAUACUACCUGAGCUUGAUGAACCAGCAGCUGCCCAUCGAGUCGCAGUUCGUCGCGAAGCUCACCGACAACCUCAACGCCGAGAUCGUCCUCGGUACCAUCCGGAACCGUGAUGAGGCCGUUCAGUGGCUUGGUUACACCUACCUGUACGUUCGGAUGCUCAAGGACCCCGUAUUGUACAGCGUCGGCAUCGACUACUCAGAGGGCGACCCGACGCUGGUUCAGAAGCGCGCUGAUAUCGUCCACACCGCCGCCGCGUUGUUAGAGAAGUGCCACCUCAUCAAGUACGAGCGGUCUACCGGUCGCUUCCACAGCACGGAGUUGGGCCGCAUCGCGUCGCACUACUACGUGACGUACAGCUCGAUGGCAACCUACAACCAGCACCUCCGUCCCACAAUGUCGAUGCUCGAGCUGUUCCGCGUCUUCGCGCUCUCGAACGAGUUUAAGCUCAUUCCCGUCCGGCAAGAUGAGAAGCUCGAGCUGGGCAAGUUGCUUGAGCGGGUGCCUAUCCCUGUCAAGGAGGCGGUCGAGGAGCCUGCUGCCAAGAUCAAUGUCCUCUUGCAGGCUUACGUCUCGCAGCUCAAGCUCGAAGGUUUCGCGCUCGUUGCGGACAUGGUCUAUGUUCAACAGUCAGCCGGACGUAUCAUCCGGGCCAUCUUCGAGAUCUGCUUGAAGCGUGGUUGGGCUGUUCCUGCGAAGGCGGCCCUUGACUUGUGCAAGAUGGUGGAGCGGCGAAUGUGGGGAUCCAUGACGCCUCUGCGCCAAUUCAAGGGCGUUCCGAGCGAGAUCAUCCGGAAGGCUGAGGCAAAGCAAUUCCCUUGGUACCGCUACUUCGAUCUGAGCCCGCCCGAGAUUGGUGAACUCAUCGGGAUCCAGAACGCUGGUCGGUUGGUUCAUCGUCUCGUCCACAACUUCCCCAAGCUUCAGCUGCAAGCUCAGGUUCAGCCCAUCACGCGCACCUUGCUUCGCAUCGACUUGACGAUCAUUCCCGACUUCCGAUGGGACGAGAAGGUCCACGGCGGGUCAGAAUCCUUCUGGAUACUCGUCGAGGACGUCGACGGCGAGAUCGUCCUGUUCCACGACACCUUUAUCCUCCGCCAGCGAUAUGCCGAAGACGAGCACUACGUGACCCUCACUGUCCCCAUGUUCGAGCCCGUCCCUCCCAACUACUUCAUCUCCAUUGUCUCUGACCGUUGGUUGCACGCCGAGACCCGCCUCCCGAUCUCCUUCAAGCAUCUCAUCCUCCCCGAGAAGUUCCCUGCCCCCACGCCCCUCCUCGACCUGCAAGCUCUUCCGCUUUCGGCGCUGCACAACAAGGACUUCGAGAGCAUCUACUCGUCGACCAUCGAGACCUUCAACAAGAUCCAAACACAGGUCUUCCAGGCCCUGUACACGACAGACGACAACGUUUUCAUUGGCGCGCCGACUGGCAGUGGCAAGACUAUUUGUGCCGAGUUCGCUCUACUCCGCCUUUGGAGCAAGCGCGAGCAGAAGCGGGCGGUUUGCAUCGAGCCCUACCAGGAGAUGGUCGACCAGCGCGUGGAAGAAUGGCGUAAGAAGUUUGGCAGCCUGCAGGGCGGCAAGGAGAUUGUUAGUCUGACUGGCGAGACGAGCGCGGACCUGCGCCUCCUCGAGAAGGGCGACCUGAUUGUCUGCACUCCUAUGCAGUGGGACGUUCUCUCUCGGAGAUGGCGUCAGCGUAAGAAUGUCCAGAACAUCGGGCUGCUGAUCGCCGACGAGGUCCAGCUCGUUGGUGGAGAGGUUGGGCCGACGUAUGAAGUUGUCAUCUCUCGCACUCGCUAUGUUUCGGCGCAGACCGACAUCAAGACCCGUAUCGUCGCUUGCGGCGUCUCUCUGGCAAAUGCGCGAGACUUGGGCGAGUGGAUGGGCGCACCCUCACACGCCAUCUUCAACUUCCCGCCUAGUGCUCGUCCCCUCGACAUGGACAUCCACAUCCAGAGCUUCCAGAUCCCUCACUUCCCGUCGCUCAUGAUCGCCAUGUCAAAGCCCGCAUACCUCGCCAUGUGCGAAUACUCACCGCACAAGCCUGUUAUCAUCUUCGUCCCAUCUCGUCGACAGUGCCGUCUCACCGCCGAUGACAUCAUAACCCACUGCAGCGCCGACGACAAUCCGAAUCGCUUCCUGCACGUUGAGGAAGCUGACCUUGCGCCUCAUUUAGAGCACGUUACCGACGCAGGCCUCAAGGAGACGUUGAAACACGGUAUCGGCUACUACCACGAGGCUCUUGACAAGCAAGACAAGCGUAUCGUCGAGAGGCUGUUCCAGCACGGCGCUAUCCAGGUCCUCAUUGCUUCCAAGGACACCGCGUGGAGUCUACCCGUCUCCAGUUACCUGGUCAUCAUCAUGGGCGUGCAGAACUACGAAGGCAAGGAGCACCGUUACGUCGACUACCCCGUCAUGGACGUCCUGCAGAUGAUGGGUCGUGCAUGCCGCCCGCUUGAAGACGAGAAGAGCCGCGCAGUGCUGAUGUGUCAGCAAACUCGCAAGGACUUCUACAAGAAGUUCUUGGCUGAGGGUCUCCCCAUCGAGUCUCAUCUACCGACGCAUAUGCUUCACGACUACUUCCUGGCGGAGAUCGCUGUUAAGACCAUUGAGAACAAGCAGGAUGCGAUGGAUAUCUUGACAUGGACGUACUUCUACCGCCGCAUGACGCAAAAUCCCAACUACUACAACCUGCACAACGUCAGCCACCAGCAUCUAUCAGAUCAUCUGUCGGAGCUGGUCGAGUCCACUCUCAACGACCUCGUCAACUCGAAGUGUAUCGCGAUCGAGGACGAGAUGGACGUGUCACCAUUGAACCUCGGCAUGAUUGCGGCAUACUACAACAUUUCUUAUGUCACCGUCGAGGUGUACACUCUGUCGCUCAAGGAACGUACGAAGCUCAAGGGUCUGCUCGAGGUUGUAUCAUCGUCUGCAGAGUUCGAGUCGAUUCCCAUCCGGCGACACGAGGACGUGCUAUUGCGUCGCAUCUACGACCGCGUUCCCGUCAAGCUCGAGAAGGCCGACUUCGAGGCGCCCCACUUCAAGACGUUCCUGCUACUCCAGGCGCACUUCUCCCGUCUUCAGCUCCCUCCAGACCUUGCCGCGGACCAGGUGCUCGUACUCGAAAAGGUCCUCAACUUGCUGUCAGCUUGUGUCGACGUCAUGUCAUCAAACGCGUGGCUCAACGCUCUCGGAGCGAUGGACUUGUCGCAGAUGUGCGUGCAGGCGUCGUGGGAGACCGACUCGCCCUUGAAGCAGAUCCCUCACUUCGAGCCUGAUGUCAUCAAGAGGUGCAAAGAGGCCGGUGUCGAGACUGUCUACGACAUCAUGGAGAUGGAGGACGACAAGCGGAACGGGCUCCUGCAGAUGGAUGCGAGGCAGAUGCGGGAUGUCGCAACAUUCGUCAACUCGUAUCCUACCCUGGACGUCAACUACGAGCUUGCGAAGGGUGAAUACACGGCUGGCGCGCCAAUCACCAUCCAAAUCUCGCUCUCGAAGGACGCCGACGAGGAGAUGGACGUCAACGAGGAUGACGAGGUAGUCGUCGCGCCAUUCUACCCCAAGAAGAAGCUGGCGAACUGGUGGAUCGUCGUUGGCGAGCCCAAGACGAAGCAGCUCCUCGCGAUCAAGAAGGUCACGGUGCACCGCAACCUCGCCGUGCGCCUCGAGUUCUCUCUGCCACAGGGCGAGCACGCGCUCAAGCUCUACGUCAUCUGCGAUUCGUACAUGGGCGCCGACCACGACAUCGACCUCGAUCCUCUCGAGGUUGCUGAGGGCGAAGAUAGCGAUAGCGAAGAGGAGAGCGAUGAUGCCAUGGAGGAGUAGAUGUCUGUUCGUGCUUGUUAUGUGUGCUGUUGUCGUUCAUGGACCGUUGUAACAUAGUGCUGGCGCCUUGGCUUCCAGUUAAAAUGUAUCUGUAGAGCCUAUAAUGUUGUCUUCG